GAUAUCUGUGUUUGCCUUCUUUGAUGAUAACAGAAAAGGCGACUGGUAAAUUUUCGCCCUCUUUAAUCAAUUUAAUUAAAAAAAAAAAUUACCCCUUCUUGAAACUUCAGAUGGAACGCCUGGGAAACCAACAGUUGUUCGACAUUGUUUCCAAAAAUAAAAACCCUCUCAAUCUUCAAUUUAGCUUUCUCUCUCCCUAAAUCUUCAAUUUGGCUUUCUCUUCUCUCCCCUAAAUAUCUCAUUUAUCUUUCUCUCUCCCUCUUCAUCUUUCGUUGUUCAUAAACCCUAAUUUUAUGCGUUUUGGUUGAGUUCGUCUGAAAUUUGGUUGAGUUCGUCUAAAAUUUGCUUGAGUUCGCCUGAAAUUUGAUCAAAAUCUCCCAUAUUUGCUCAUAUCUGAAGUUCGUCUGUUUGUACUAGCUCUGAAUCGAGAGAUUAUGAUUACAUCUUGUUUGAAAAAGGAUAGAAGCAACUGAUAAGCCUCUACUCGAAAUUCAGGAAUUCAAGCUAGUUGUCUGCAUAGGUCCCGAGUUCCCAACUACAAUUUGCUCUUAAUAAAAUCUUCAUUUCAGGUCUGAUGAUAUAUGUCUCGGGAAAAAAGGUGCAGGGCAUUAUUGAUGUGGAUAUGUGCUACUUGGUCAUGUAGUUGUUAUUGGUGGUUUUCUGCUACUUUGCUACUCCUAUAAAACCCUUUGCAAUUCACGAACUGAUAGGCUCUGAAAUUACAUUAUGGAAACCAAUUAACAAGAUGUGUAGAUGAAAGGAGGCUGAAGAUUGUAGAAAUGGGUAGAGCUGAAGAGAUUGUGAAGAUGCUGGAUACUGCGAAAGAUGAACGAACACGGAAAGAAGCACUUAAAGCUCUUUCUGCACCUUCGGUUUCAGAUAUGUUAAGUGAGAAACGAAGAACAGGGAACAAAGCCAUGAGUAUUGCUGUUGCAGGCAUUUGUUUGCCCUUUGCUAUGGGAACUGGUUCAUCGUUUGUUCUCAGGGCGACCAUUUCUAAAGGUGUUAGCCAAGGUCAAGCUUUUGUUGGCAUGUGUAUUCUUACAGUCCCUUGUAGAAUCUACUUAUUUGAUGUAUUAUCAUCAAUUGCAUUAACUGACCAAUUUUCUGAUCCAGAAAGAGGAAAAAGCGAGCUCGGAAGAAGCCAGUAAAUCAUGAACACUAGCCUUCUGAAGUUUGUAUUGGAUGAUAUCAACUAAUUUUUUAUAUCAGGUGUUUAUCAGGAGAGCAAGAAGCAUAGGACUGAAGUUUUCCAACAGAGGAGGCAACAUAAUGUCUCAAAUAGGGAGAGAUAGAAGCUAGAAGUUGUGGUCAUUGCAAUGGGUGUGCAUACAUUCUUUAGCAAGUCUGGUCACCUUGUAGACUCCACAGACGAUUGCUGCUAUUACUCCCUUUACAGUUGACCUUGUUGGUAAUGGUAGGUGACCUUGUUGCUCCCUUCAUAGUUGAAUUAGGCUUAGUAGCGUUUAUAUGAUGGUGGAGGAGCUAAGAUGACCAGAAAAUCAGACCUAGGAGGUUCACUUAAUGAACUUAGUCGUUGCCCUUUGGAACAUACUGCACCUCUUUUGUGUUAGAGUGUUUGACAUUAUCGACAUCGUAGAUAAAUGUCCGUCCUUAAUUGACUGUAAAGAUUAUAUGAUCUCUUUUAGCAUUGAAUUGUUUGUGUUUGACAAUUGACAUAUAUAUAUAUAGUCGAGAAUAGACUUUUCUGAUUUGAA